CGAGGGCGUUUUCGUAACUUUCACCGGACGCGGCUACAAAUAACUCGAGCUUCUCCGUCAUCUUCUCUCUCCCUUCCCUCUCUCUCUCUCUCAUCUCGAAGAAUAUCUAGGGUUUCGGAUCUCAGAUUCUUAUAUUCUCGAUAUCUUCGAAUAAUAAGAGGAAACGUGUGGAUUAGAUUCGCAUUUUAUUCAUUGAUAUAUAUAUAUAUAUAUAUAAAGGGAUCGAUUGGAGAUUUUCAAUUUCUAGGGAUUUGUUUUUGGUGAGAGGAUUUGGGGGUUAUGAGGUUGGACGAAGAUUAUUGGAGUGACGAUGAUGAUGAUAAUGAGAGAUUUUCUCAGCAGAAGAUUGUGGUUGGCUACGCUUUGACCUCGAAGAAGAUCAAGAGCUUCUUGCAACCGAAGCUUGAAGGAUUCGCUAGAAAAAAGGGGAUUCUAUUUGUUGAAAUUGACCCACAUCGUCCUCUUUCAGACCAAGGUCCUUUUGAUAUUGUUCUACACAAGCUGACAGGAAAAGAGUGGCGUCAAAUUCUGGAGGAUUACUGGGAAAAACAUCCUGAAGUGACUGUCCUUGAUCCUCCUGAUGCCAUACAACAUCUACUUAAUCGCCAAUCAAUGCUUCAGGAUGUAGCUGAUCUGAAUUUGUCCACUAAUCAUGGAGAAGUUUGUGUCCCUAAACAGCUGGUCAUCACCAAAGAUCCAUUAUCAAUCCCAGAUGCAGUGACUGACGCUGGAUUAGCAUUACCUUUAGUUGUCAAGCCACUGGUGGUAGAUGGGAGUGCAAGAUCACAUGAAUUAUCCUUAGCCUAUGAUCCAUUCUCUUUGUCGAAGCUUGAGCCUCCUCUUGUUCUCCAGGAGUUUGUCAAUCAUGGUGGUGUUCUUUUUAAGGUUUACAUCAUUGGUGAAGCAAUAAGGGUUGUACGUCGUUUUUCUCUUCCUGAUGUCAGCAAGCAUGAACUAUUAAGCAAUGCUGGUGUCUUUAAGUUUCCAAGGGUUUCCUGUGCUGCAGCCUCAGCAGAUGAAGCCGACUUGGACCCUGCCGUUGCUGAGCUUCCUCCUGAACCUUUGCUUGAGAGGCUUGCUAGAGAGCUUCGUCGUCGAUUGGGUCUUCGUCUUUUCAACAUUGAUAUAAUCAGAGAGCAUGGAACAAGGAAUAGAUUCUAUGUCAUUGAUAUCAACUAUUUUCCUGGUUAUGGAAAAGUACCAGGCUAUGAACAAGUAUUUACAGACUUUCUUCUAAGCUUGGCGCAAAGCAAGUAUAAAAGGUGACCGAGCAACAAUCAGAAAACGCUGACCGACUCUAAAAGGAAGAAGGAAAAGUAGCAAAAUCCGGGAAAACUAACUGACUGUCAAAAGUGACUGACCGAUGAUGUCAAGCUGCCAUUACGAUCUUUGGCUGUGUAGACAAAUUGAAGGUCCUCUGUGAUAUGUUGUGCUUCCAUGAUGUAUACAUAAUGUAAGGACGUAAGGUAAGGCUUUUAGAUGCAAAUCCGCGCCCCCAAAAAAAAAAGGGGGCCUUGGUUGAUAACGUAUAUAAACUCUACAUGCGUAAUGUCGAAAUUGGUUGCAUUCAUCAUAAAAUUAGCAAACUUUUUGUCGCCA